AUGGUUUCCCUGUCCAAGAUCUCGUACCCGAAUUCUGGUAGCCUUCUAUUGGAUGAGGACUUGAAUGUGGCUUCAUUUCAAGGCUUGGAUGGGGCAAUUGGCAGCCUAGUGAUCAUGGAAUGGAACCGAAAAGCAAACAUAGGUGGCCAAGAAAUGCACCAAUAUUUGAACUUCCUUCAAGUAGUUCAAGCCAUGGAUGUGCCUGCAGUUAGCUUGCAUUAUUGUUCUGGGGAACUUCUCUCGACUGCAACAUUCAAGCCAUGCAAUAUUAUGCUCCUCUUGUUCUGUCAGCGUGAAUGGGAAGGGCGGUGGCGGCGGAGGUGGUGGUGGAGGUGGUGGUUGGAGGAGGUAAUUAAGGUCAUGGAGGGUGGGCUAAAAACAGGAUAUGUCAAGUUGGAGAACCCAUGUGCACCAUGGCUUGUUGUGUGCUUUAAUAUUUGGUGCCACAUUUGCCAGGCUUUGGCUGAAGGACAGAAGGCAGGCACUUCUGAUGAUGAGCACAUGCGAAGCAAGAGUUGCUGCUUGGAUUCUAUUCUCAGCAGCUUUUCGUCGAACACCACACCUGCAUACCCAUCAAACACUCUUCCGAAAGGGCCCACACCGAUAAUGAUCUGUACUUGA